GCCGCCAAUUCAGGAAAUGAUAAACGAUAAAACGGAUCAAAACAUGAUUUCUUUCGAAAAUUUCAGCUGGAUUGUACCAAAAAGUUUUCGAGAGCAUGUACUAUUCGACAAUCAUGGGAGAGACUUUGAUUGUGAUAACAACCUACAUGAUUGUCGGAAAGAGACUCUGGAGGGUGAUCGAUCGGAUAGGAUCAGAUACUUUCGGAUUGCCACAGGCCCUUGUCACCAAGCAGAAAAAUAUCAACAUAAUGGUGUGCAUAAUUUUCUGCUCAGUGUUCACCUCAGAUAGCCUACUGUCGAUCUAUUACUUAGCAACUGAUAAAUUUUGUGAGGCCAGGCAAAUUCUAAAUGAUACAAGGUACAGAUGCGGCUAUCAUACAGCUGUCUGGUACCCAUUCGAAGAGGAUAAAUACUUCAAAGACUGGAUAUUGAAGUUGUGGUUCGAUGCGGGACAAUCCUUCAUAUUUCCGAUGUACACUGCAACAUUGACUUUCCUGGUGGGAAUUUUGAAAUUAAUUCCCGAGAGGCUGAAGGAUUUAAGGAACAGAGUUGAGCAAAUUGGUCAUGAGAAUCUACAGGGACUUGAGGAGGAAAUCAAGUACAUCGCGAAAUAUUAUAUUGAAAUACUAGAGUGAGUACCUAUCCGACAAUUUCAAGGAAAUUUUCAAAUGGAAUUCUAUUGAUAUUUUGAAAGGGACAUUCCUGAAACCAACAAUUUUUUCUUCUUAUCAAAAUGAAUGAAGCUCUUUAUGUUUAGGUGUAGCAAAGAAAUGAAUGAGUCGCUCGGUUAUAUCUUCACUUCCGGUUACACAAGUGCAUCUUUCUCAUUGUCGAUGGCUGGAUAUAUUAUUAUUGUGCGACGCCGAUAUAGUGAAACUCUUUUCCUAGUAGGCUCAUACGCGCUGCAGAUGGUUUUGUGUCGUUAUGGACAAAACUGGGAGGAUGAGCACGAGAAACUAGAGAGAUCUUUAAACAAGCUGCCAUGGUACAAGAUGACUCCGAAAAUGAGAAAGAACUAUCAUAUUCUUCUUGGAACUGUUAAGAUUCCCAUUCAAGUUCUUGCUCAGCCUUUUGUUAUCAUCAAUAACAACUUAUUGCUUGCUGUAACCCGCACGGCUUAUAGUGUUUUGACGUUCAUGUCGAACACAACCAAUUAACAACUUUCAGAUAUUUCUUAAUUGAUGCUUUCCUGAUAUUUCUGACGAUGACCUGUUUAAUGUCGAGUUGUUUCAAUCAUCAUUAGACGAUGAAAAUAGCUCAAAUUGAAAUACUCUC